AUGGAGUUGUACCAAAAGUUAAAUAGUUUAAUUGAAAGUAAUCCAAAUAUAAAAGAGUUAGGAUUAAUAGUAUCAACAAAAAAGUUUGAUGGAGAAGAAGAGAAACCAUUCUUGAUGGUAGAGAAUAAUCUAGCUGUCUCUUUUAGAUUCAUUCCAGCUAUUUAUAGGUACUGCUUUGAAACAUUGAACAAAUUGUUGAUUAGUAUUGGUGAUGAUUUUAGAAAUUAUGAUGGUAGUUCUAGUAAUAGUCAGUCGCAGUCUACUACCAUCAACUUGUCAGAUGAUACAAUACUAGAAUUAAAUCAUUUAUCUAGAGCUAUAUUGUUUGUCAAUGCAGAGAAUAUAACAGCACUCAAUGUUAGAAAGAAACUAUUGUGUCUGAGCAACUACACGACUGCAGAACAAGAGAUCAAAUUGUUGAAUCUUGUAUUCACCAAACAUCCAAAGAGUGGAGAGGCAUGGUGUCAUCGACGUUGGGUACUUAAUCACGCUCCACAUGCAUUCAACCUUGAAUUGGAACUAGUAGUGUGUAAAAGAGUAGGUGAAAUCUACCCAAGAAACUAUUAUGCUUGGACUCAUCGUUGGUGGGCUUUAAAUAGGCCAAAUCAAUUAACUUGUCAAAAUUUGAUAGAAGAUUUAAAUAGAGUUGAAAAAUGGGUAGAGAGGAAUGUAUCGGAUCAUAGUGCAUACCAUCAUCGAUAUUUAAUAUUGGUGCAAUUGUUCAAGGAUCAUGUUGUGUUUGGUUGGACUUUGAAUCAAGUCUAUGAAAUCUGGACCAAUGAAAUGCGAUUCACCGAUAAAUAUAUUCAUCUUUAUCCAGCUCAUGAAUCACUGUGGUGUCAUAAACGCGCACUAUAUUUAUAUUGGAACAAAGAAAUAAUAAUCACAGUAACAACAUCAGAUGAUAUAUGUAAUAUAAUGAAACGUUCAUCACAAAUUGAAUAUUGUAAUCAAAUCAUUCAAGAUAAAGAUACCUCCUAUUACGAUGACCAGGUUAGAUUUACAAAUGUUUAUUUAAAAUGGAUAAACUCUUCUAGCUCUUCCGACUCUUCCUCCUCUAAUUUUUUGAAUAAAUAA